AUGAAGGUCCAGUGGGCUCACUUGCUCGUUGGCACCUCCAUUGGGGGUGCGAACGCUAUGAGCUCCUUUAUGAAUGAGGCGAUGAGAUCGGAUCGGAUUUCUGGUUAUGGGAAAUAUGAUGACGCGUUAUGGGAACCUUCCUUCAAUGACGAAUCGCCUCCCUACCAGGGAAUUCGAGUCCCACGCACUGAAUGGGAAUUGCAGUGCAGUACGUCUAGUGGCGAGAACGGAUGCCACAAUGCUAUCGAUGGUACGGAUGCCACGUCCUGGUACAGCGCUAUUUCCCAUGACUACCACAAUAUCACGAUCAACAUGAAGAACACGUAUACAGUCAGUGCUCUUGUGGUUUUGCCGCCUCUCGAUGCUACACAGGAUCAGUUGAUCACUCAGCACGAGGUGUACGUUAGCAACGAUGGAGAAAACUGGAAGGGUCCUGUCGCAUACGGAAUGUGGCCAGACUCCAACAGACAGCGCAUGUCUGUCAUUGAGCCAGUCUCUGCGCGAUACGUGAAGCUGGUCGCCAAUGCUCAGGAGAAGGGAUCAUCAUCGGUCGGAAUAUCCGAGCUCAACAUAUAUGCCACCCUGUACACCAUUCCUCAGGAUCCCAAGCGUGGCAUCUGGGGCCCUACACUUGACUUUCCUGUUGUCCCGGUCUCCGGUGCCCAGGAGGCCUCUGGCAAUAUUGUUCUUUGGUCAUCUUGGGCCUCCGACCAGUUCCACUCCACCCCUGGAGGCAAGACUGCCAUGACCCGUUGGAACCCGCUGAAUAAUACUGUGUCAAAACGCAUUGUGACCAACACCCAGCAUGAUAUGUUCUGCCCCGGUAUCUCGAUCGACGGGACCGGUAUGAUGGUUGUCACGGGUGGUAACGAUGCUUCUGAAACUAGUCUCUACAAUUCGACUGCUGAUUCAUGGGUCAAAGGGCCUCCAAUGAGUAUUCGACGUGGAUACCAGGCAUCUACUACAAUGUCUGACGGUCGUGUAUUUGUGAUUGGCGGCUCCUGGGCGGGAGGUUCCAAUGUCCGUAAAGAUGGCGAAGUCUGGGAUCCAUACACUCAGACCUGGACUUUACUCCCAGGCGCCAUUGUCAAGCCCAUGUUGACUAAUGACAUGGAAGGUGCUUGGAGAGCAGACAACCACGGAUGGCUCUUUGGCUGGAAGAAAGAGACCAUUUUCCAAGCUGGUCCUAGCAAGGCUAUGAACUGGUAUUAUACCGCAGGGAAAGGCAGCUUUAAGGCGGCAGGUGAUCGUUUAGAUGAUGAGGAUUCCAUGUCAGGCAAUGCUGUCAUGUUUGAUGCUAUCAAGGGCAAGAUUCUCACUGUUGGGGGUUCCCCGGAUUACGAUAAGUCUUGGGCUACUAGCAACGCACACAUAAUUACAAUCGGCGAGCCUGGUGAAAAGCCGACCGUGAAGCCUGCUGGGGAAAAUGGUAUGAUGCAUUCCGAACGCGUCUUCCACACGACAGUUGUUCUCCCAGACGGCAAAGUAUUCAUCGUUGGUGGUCAGACCUUCGGUGUUGCGUUCAACGAAGAGAAUGUGCAGUUCAUCCCCGAAAUUUACGAUCCUGAAGCCGAUUCCUUUGUCGAGCUCCAACAGAACAACUUCGUUCGAGUCUACCAUACCAUUUCCAUCUUGCUCCCUGACGGUCGGGUGUUGAACGGCGGUGGUGGCCUUUGUGGUAAUUGUUCUGCCAACCAUUAUGAUGCACAGAUAUUCACGCCGCCAUAUCUCCUCACUGAGACCGGAGAGCCCCGGGUCCGACCCACGAUCUUGUCUGGUGUUCCAGAAAGUGCCAAAGUUGGCGGAAUAUUCGCGUUCCAGACAGAUGGCCUCAUCAAAGAUGCCUCUCUCGUUCGUCUGUGCACUACCACUCACACUGUCAACACCGACCAGAGACGUAUCCCUCUCCGUCCCAUUCCCCUUCCUCGCAGGAAGUCGUCUUAUGGAAUCAGACUUCCAGAUGAGCCAGGCAUCCUUAUUCCUGGUUACUGGAUGCUGUUUGUUAUGGACCAGGACGGCGUGCCCAGCAUUGCCAAGACUAUCAUGAUCACUGUGAAUGACAAGAAGACUCUUGAUGCGACUCAGGAGUUACUUGAUGAGUUUAAUGCGGCUGAGCAGAAGCAAUGUGGCAACGGAGUCAUGAAAACUUGGUGGCCCUCUUGGAAACCAACAUUAGUUUUGCAGAUACUGGGCCGACGCUGA